CGGCCGCCCGGCGGCGCAGAUGGUGGCCCUGCAGCCCGCGCCCGCCCGGGGGCCGGCGCUCCUGCUGCUGCUCCUGUUGGCUGCCGCGCGAGGCCAGGAGCAGGGCCAGACCACCGACUGGAGGGCCACCCUCAAGACCAUCCGCAACGGCAUCCACAAGAUCGACACGUACCUCAACGCCGCGCUCGACCUGCUGGGCGGCGAGGACGGGCUCUGCCAGUACAAGUGCAGCGACGGGUCGAAGCCUUUUCCACGCUACGGAUAUAAACCAUCCCCACCAAAUGGAUGUGGCUCUCCGUUGUUUGGUGUUCAUCUGAACAUUGGCAUCCCUUCCCUGACAAAGUGCUGCAACCAACACGACAGGUGCUAUGAGACCUGUGGUAAAAGCAAGAACGACUGUGACGAGGGGUUCCAGUACUGCCUCUCCAAGAUCUGCCGGGACGUGCAGAAGACCCUAGGGCUUUCUCAGAAUGUUCAGGCUUGUGAAACAACGGUGGAGCUCCUGUUUGACAGUGUCAUACAUUUGGGCUGCAAGCCGUACCUGGACAGCCAGCGAGCCGCAUGUUGGUGCCGUUAUGAGGAGAAAACAGAUCUGUAAGGAAGCCCUGAAGCUGGCGAGCAGACGGAGAACUGAUGCUUUCACAGCCUGAAGCUGCCUUGUUUUUGUGAUGGGUCAUUUUAAGACCUUCAAGAUUGUGCUUUGAUUUUAACCUUCAUUGUGAAAUGGAAUGGGCAUUGGGAAGAAACAGAAGAGCAUGCUCAGGACUGGGCAUGAGUAGAGAGGGGAGCAUGCUUGCCUUCGUGGGCCUUGCUGUCUCUCUCAGUGGGUCCCCAAAACGAGGACUGUGAGACUUGGUUUUCAUAGCUGUACUUAAUAAAAAUGAGAGCAGAUAUAACAUUCAUUGUAAGGGUUUCUCAACGUUAUUUUGAAAUCUAGGGCAAUCUUCCCUUAGAAGUAUUAUUUACUCUGAAAUUUCAAAUAUGCACUUACGCUGAGAGGAAGUAAGUACCAUUUCUCUGGAGUCUUCUGAGACAGGAUGUACUGUGUUGGUCACAGUAACAAAGCCUCCACGUGUACAUUGUUUGUACAGCUGGAACCACUGGCCAAUAUGUCUCUGUAGGGACAGCGAGUACAUCUAAGUAUUAGGAUAUGAACAAUAUUCAGAAACACAGCACUCCUGUUUCACAAACCAGUUCUAACAAAUGCCAUCUUUUGCUAUGAAUUCUAAAAAAAAGAUGGAUUUGAUGAGGCAAAUCAGAGCAUUAUAUGCUGUUGUUUAUUCCCUAAUACCUGUUUCUCAUCUUAGAUGCUGGAAUAUUUUUAAAAGACUAACCUUUUACUAAUGGAGGUCUUAAUAAAACUUAUUCUUGGUAA